AUGGAUGGAAAUAAAGACAGACCAAGAGAAGUAUCCAGCACAGACGGAGGAAGAAGGCACAGAAGGGACAAUGAAAUUGUAAGAGAUCCCAGGUUCUUUAACAGAGAAAUUAACCCUUUGUAUCUGGCAGAGGCAUAUUCCUUUCUGUAUGACAAAGAAGAGGAGCAGCUAGCAGAAAAACAGAAAAGAGGAGAAGACGUAAAAAAACAGCUGGAAAGAGUAGAGGCCAGAAAGAGGCUGUUGCACUUAAAAAGACUGCAAAAAGAAGCCAGAGAGACUGAGAUGGAAAGAGUAAAAGAAGGAAAGACUCCAUUCUAUCUUUCACGCAAGCAAGCAAAGGUCAUGCAGACACUCCACACAGCUAAGACAAAAGGGGUAGACCAUGUGCUUAGCAAAUUGAAGAAAAAACAGAAAGAAAGAGACAAUAAAUCCAGGAGAGCAUACGAAUAG